AUGUUAUUGAGUUAAGAGAAUGAAUAACUAAAAGAAGAAGAUGAAGAAUAAUUAACAUCAAUCAAAGUUAUUAACCCAAAAUAAAAUAUAAUAUAAUUUGAAUCUCACUCUUAUUAGUCUAUUUAAAAUUAGAAAAACUAAUAAAAGAGAGAAUAGUAUUAAAGGAAAUAAACGAACAAAAACAAAACUUAAACAAUUUAAUCACCAAGACUUUCAACUGAUCUAAUUCUUUUUAACAAUAAAAAUAAUUAUGAAGCAUCUCCUGUAUAAUUGGUCACUAUGCAAUAAAUUUUCUAAAAAUUUUAGAAUAAUGAUGAUAAAUAAGAAAUCAAAGACCGUACAAUAUAAGAGAGUCCUUAUAAGUAACCUAGAAGAUUAAGUAUUAAAAUCCACUUUGACCGUGCAAGUAAUGAUGAUUAAAUGAGCAAAAUUUCAAAAGAAAUUAGUGAAAUUAAUAACUCAAGUUUUUAAUCAAACAGCAUUGAUUAUCACAAAGAAUAAUCUAGUAAAAUGAAAAAUUAAUUUAAGUUGCAACUCCAUUCACUUAAGCAGAUACAUCAAUUAGAAAAGAGUUAAAUUUAAGAAAAUUAAUUAGAUUAAUCAAAUAGCAGAAGUAGGAAAUUUUCAGAAUAGAGUAAUUAAACGAGAAAAAGUAGUUAAAGUGAACCUAAACCUACUAAGUUUCAAGUUCAGCAUAAUCUGGUUUAAAUACCUAUUCUUCAUCAUGAUAGUUGCACAAAAAUUUAAUAAUUUUUUAGGAAAUACACUUCUUAAAAGAAAUUAAUAAAACAAAUACUGAAUAAAAGGUCUAGCAUUUAUACAAAAAAAUCUUAAAAAUAUAUAAAUGAAGAAGAAGAAUAAAAAGUAAUCUAAGAAAAUUAAUAGAAAAUUAGCAUAAAUAAAAAUCAAGCUGAAUUGAUGCAUUCAAUUCAUUUUAAUAAAGCUUAUCAAUAAUUUGCAAGAAUAGAUGCAAAUAUAAGGCAUAUAAUCUAAGCUAGAAUUUUUUAGCAGAAAAUCAGGGAAUCUUAGUCUGGUCUCAUAAAUAAUAAAUCUCCGUUCGAUAAAUUUUAUCCUCCUUUUAAAUUUACAAGAUUGAUAUAAGGUGUUCCGGUGUCUUGGAAAGUCAAACAUAUUUUCAAGAAGGAGAAUUUUGGGAGCACAGAAAUUAAUAAUUAUUACUUAACGAUUUUAUUCAGAAACACAAGAUUCUCUAUAAAAGUGGAUCUUGAUUACGCUGGUCUCCAACUAAAAAACAUAGAGUUUAAAACUCUGUGGCCUCUGUAUUUAUUGGCUUUUGAAAAAUAUUUGAGUGACUAGAAUAUAAAAAUUUAUGUAACAAAGCCUUAAAAUGAUAUAAAAAUUAAAAAUUUGCCCUACAAUUUAAGCUUUUUGGAGGGAUUAACUGAAAAGUUAAAGUCUUAGUUGACAGACUUUGAUUUAAAUUGUAUCGGAAACUUAAAAGACUUGUUAGAAAUUUACUUAAAACAUUUCUUUGAAUUUCACCAAAAGGCUAAUGGAUAGGUCCUCGAAUACAACAAGCACUAAAUAUUCCCUUAAUGGAAAUUAAUACUUGUGAAAAAUGCUUAGAAAAAACUGGAUAGGUUCAUUUCUAUGAGCAUUGAAGGCAAAAAGUCUCAUAAAGAAGAUUAUAGAAAAUACAAGAAGGAAUACGAACUAGCGCUAACAAAUAACGAAAGAGUAUUGUAAAACAAUCUUGUAAGGUUUAUCAAAGAAAAUCACUUAUUAGGUGUGUUUAUAAAAAGGUCAACUGGUGGUUAUUACUACUUAUUAACAGUCAAAGUUAACUUUAGGUAAUCCAACAAUAUCUCCACUUAAAUUGUAAACGGACAGUUAAUGUUAUCAGAUUUUUCUUUUUAUAUAACUGGAAGAAAUCUAGGAACAUAUUAAACUAUCCUUCCUUUGGAAGUCCAUGCUUCAUAAGUUGCUAAAUACUUCACUCCAAAUACUUUGGUUAGAGAGAUAAAUAAGUUUUUUUUGAGAAAGCGUCUAAGCCAUAGGUGGACUAUGAUUCUUAUUGACUUCUUUUCUUAUCAUCUUUGUCUGACAUUGCCUAAAACAGACAGAGACGGAAUAAUCCAUCAUUAAACAACAAGCAAAAUAUAAAAGCUAAUAUUUAGAGAUAUCAUGGAAAUCAGAAGGAGAAUUUAACAGGAAAGUUAAAAGUAAGUGCUUUUGUAAAACCCUUUCAACGACUUUUUCUUGAUAGAACAAAUUAAAAGAAAUACGAAUUCAAGUACUGAUUAAUAAAAUGAAAAGAAAGAGGAUAAAUAUGAGCAUAUUUCUGAUAAAAAUUUUAUUAGUAUUUAAAAGUAAUUUUAUAAAACCUAACUUGAAGAAGCUUAUGAAAAGAAUAAUUAUUCACUAUUCCACGAAGAUGAUGAGCUCGAUAAGAAAUACGAAGAUGGAGGUUACUACUAAACCCAUGAAGAAAUUUUAAAAUCACCUCCUUAAGAGGAUGUCAUUGAAGUGCAAAAAUAAGGUAUCUAAGAAAUCAUUGUUGAAGAUCAUAAAUAAAUUAAGUAAGGGAAUUAAAUAAGAAGAUAACACUAAUAUUCACUUAUAGGUUAAGGCAGCUUUUUGAACCUAUAAAACUAACUUGAGGGAUUUUGGAGAUUGAGUCACUUAUUUGAUAAUGGAAGAUCAAUAAGGCAAAAAGUAUUUUUUGCUACUAUGGGAACAUAUUUAUGGGUUAGAAUAUAAUUUGAUAUGAUAAAAGGAGUGAUUGUUGCUCAUGUCAGUGAUUAUUGGUAAGGAGUUUAUUAUGAACAAAUUAUAAGAAAUCAAAAAGUAAAGCUUAACUUACUUAAUAUGUCAACUUUGGUUUUAGAAUCAGACUAUAAUUUAAGUGAAAAAAUCAAGGAGAAUUUAAGAUAAAUUGCAUUUUAAGGUAUUCUUCAAAAAGAAAAAUCUCUCUUGGGGCAUAAAAUUAAGAUAAAAACUGUCAGAGAAGAAGAUACUCUUAAAAAUCCAGUGUUGCUUAAAAAUAAAGAAUCUGUGAAAAAUCACUUGUUGAUUGAUAGUGUAGAGCUUAAAGAACAUUAUGAUAUUGAUGAGUACAUUUCUAUACUAAAACAUAAAGAUUUUGGUAAAAUAAUAUGUACUAUUAAGACUUAUAUCAUCAACAAAGCUAUUGAUUAAUCUGCUGCAAACACUUAUUUAUUCAGACUGACAAUUUAAAUAUAUAAGAGCAAACAUUAUUCAUUUAAAAUUAUCCUAGGUUUUGACGAUAUAUAAAAUCUUGAUAAAAUUUUACAUUCAAAUCUGCUUAAAUAAUACAAUAAAAUCUAUGCAUAAAAGCUCAUCAAUCUGGCUAUGAAUAGAAUUUAAUUAGUUCCAACUCUCUAAGGGAAGAUACCUUGCUUUUUUGAUAUAAAAAGGAAGAAUGCAUUGAGGAUAAAUGAAAAUAAUUUAGAUUAAAGGAUGUUCUAAAAGCAAGGAGAAAAUCAAAAUUUAGGAUUAUCUUGUUUGAAAUUCAAAAGGAAUAGAUUUGCUAAAGUAAAUUACGCGCUGGCUAAUUUAUAAUAAUAGAAAACAAUGCUAGAAGAUUAUGUUUAGUAAAGCAGAGUUAUUUUUUAAGGCAUUAAAAAAUAUUAAGGAGAAUAUUGUAUAGUUACUGUAUCAAAAGAUAUUUUGCUGAGAUACUGGGUUUUUAAUAUUUAUGUACCUAAGACAAGUCGAGUUCUUGUCAGCUACUUUAAUAAUUCAGAUAUGAUGGACUGCAGCGAGGAAUUUUUAGCUAAAUAGAUGAGUCAAAAAAUUAUUUAUUUUUUCGAAAAUCCUCAAAUGACACCUUUUAAGAACUAUAGAGACUUCAUUAAAAGAAUAUCUUUAAAUAAAAAUAUUUAAUAAGCCAAGAAAAAAUAAAAAAAACCUUAAAAAAAUAUUAAUUAGAAAAACAGCUCUUCUAGGAAAAUUAUAAAUAAUGAAAUCUAAAAUAUAAAUGAUAACUUACCUGCGUACAGCUCCUAAAGCUCAUCUCGUAGUUUAUCUCCAAGUAAAAGGAUUAUUUAAUAAGCUAAGUAAGGAAUUUUAAAGCAUUUUGAACCAAAAAGAAACUCUGUGUUGGACUUAAAAUUUGAAUUCUAAAAUUUUAAUGAUAAAUUUAAUGACUUAAGAGAAGUUUUUGAACCAGGAAUACAAAAAAAGAGAUCAUUUUCAUCCAGCAGUUCCUCUUCAGCAAAUUCCCUAUCCUCUAAAUCUAUAUUUUCAUAGAAUCUUUCUCCUAUCCAAAGCUCUAAUAAGAUAAGCAAAACAAAUGACUCAAAAAAAUAGAUUGCAUUUAACUUUUAAAAAGUAGAAAUGGAGGAUAUUCCUGAUUAUAGAUAAAAUAGCUCUCGUAAUAUUUCUCCUGGAAUAAAAAGAGAGAAUCAUGCAAAUUUAAAUAAUAAACAUAGAUAUUCAGAGAGCAUUGAUUCAUUUUAACUUAAUAAGAAGAACGCAAAUCAGUUAAGUAAUUAAAUGAAAAGAAAUUCUUCUAAUAUAUUAAUUAGCUAAUAAAAGAUUGUUUCAGACAUUCCAGUUUAAUCCUUACACCAAAUUUAAUCUAGAAACAAACUAAUUCAAAAAUUAAAAACCUAAGAACAAAUACAAAUCCCGAAUAAUCUGAAUGAAUUAUAGACUAAUUAAACUAGUUAAAAAUACAUCUAAGAUGAUAAAGUCUAUGGCAACAGUAGUAGCAGUUGGCAAUUAAACUAACAAUUUGCUUCCAAGAGAAUCUCUUAAUUUUAGUCUUUUUAAAGAUAAGCUGAGAGAAGAAAAUCUGAAUUUAUUUCAUUUUAGAGAUUAAGAUAACCUCCGUUUGCUCAAAAAGAAUAAAUUUUACAAACAAAAUAAAUGAUUCCUGAUUAAAACUAACAAUAUCUUAAUUAGAAAUCUUCAAAUUUCGAAUUUUAAAGGAAAUAAGGAAAGAAAAGCUUGACAAUACUGCAGAACAAAAACUAAAAAGAAGGAGAACAAACGACAAGAAAUAUUGACUUAUCACCUCUUCCCUCAUUAAAUUUAUAAUCAAAAAAAUUAUUAAACCUGAGGGAAAAAUCUAUUUCAAAAUAAUCUGAAAAAAUCAUAGAAGAAAACAAAAAGCUAGUUAAUUAAAUUUUUAAUUAAAAUGAAGAUAGAAGAGUUUCUCUAAUGAAUAAUGCAAGAAACUCAAAGCAAAAUUUGAAGUCUAUUUAUGCAAAUUUACUUAAGUAGAGAGCUAUUUAAUAAUAAAAUGAAACUUUUUUGAACAAUAAUUAGCAAAAACAAUAAAGAGCAGUAAUAAACAGAUAACAAAAAGAUAGAAAUAGUAUUAUUUAAAAGAGAGGAAUGCAGUACUAUAUCAAGAAGCAUUUCAUAAAAUUGUUAGUUAUUAUACAUUGUUAGUAGUACAUAGACUUGAAAAGAAUUGGAGAUCAAGUUAAAAUAUAAAGAACUUAAAAAUUUUUUGACUUGACUAAGGUCCUUGAUGAUGCAUUUAUCUCCUAGAAAUUCAAUGUAAGAAUCACUAAUCUCAUUAAAUUCAUAGAAAUAAGGCUCUGGGAAAACCUCAUAACGCAGAGCAGGUUAGAAGCCGAUCUUUAAUCUGAGCAUAUACUUUUUUGCUUUGAAAACUCUAAACUCCCUUUGCACGAACUAAUGUUUCAUGAUUUUGUACAAAUAGAAGGAAAUUCAAGUCAUGAUUUUAACACAGAAAUUUGUAUUAACUUUAUUGAUAUAAUCUCAAAUAAAGGCUUAAGACAGGCAAAAAAAAGAAUAGUGAACAUAAAUAAAAAGUUAAAAAACAAAAAAUAAAUGAUGGAAAAUUUUUACUUUACUCCGUUAGAUUGGAUUUCCUAUCCUAUGUCAAGCUACUUUAAUAUGUAUAUCUAGAAUUUCAAUCUUGAAGAAGGGUUUAUUUAAACUGAUAUUGUGAACUUGAGGGAAAUACUUAAUAUUUAUAUUGCUGAGGGAUAUUACAAGUACUAAACAAAUUAUAUUAAUUCAAAACUAAGUUAUUCAGACAUAAAAAGUCUUUGCUAGUUUGUAGUUCAUAAAAUGAAGACGAGUAACUUUUUGAAUGUUAUCAAAUCAUAAGUAGGUAUUAACAAUGAAGGAUUUUCUCAGAAGUUUUCCAUUGAAGAAAACAUCAGAUAAAAGGCUAAUUACAUGAAGAGAAUGAAAACUCAACCAUAAAAUGAAAAUGAUAACCUUUAAGGUUUUAAGUCUUCAUUUGUAAAGGAAUAAAAUAAAUAAACAAAUAAUUACAAUGAUUCCAAAAAUGAUCAACAGCUAUUAGUUGUUUAAAAAAUAAAAAUAUUAGAUGCUUUUAAAGGAAUUAUCCUUAAAUCUCAAUACAUCCCGUCUUAAAAAGAGUUUAAAUUUGUUGUCCUCGAGACAAACAAUAAAUCGAAUACCACAAGGUACAAGCCUUAUGAAUUCUUCUCUGAAAAGAUCUAAUUUUUAGACCAAUACUAUAAGUAGUAAAAAUAUGCAGAAAUACUUGACAAAGUUGUUAUUUUCUUCCAAAAACAAAUGCUCUUAUAUCAUAACACUAGUGCUUGA